AUGGAAGACGGCCCGUCUUCCGGCGUCCAUGAACCCUUCACCAUUGAAGAAAACAUCAGCCAACUCAAUGCCGUCGACAAGUCGGCCGUGGAGCUCAUGAGCCACGCCGCCACGGCCCUCAGCUCCCUCACCACGCCCUCCUCGGCAGGCUCCCCGGAGGACAUGAACAGACCGGACGUCGAGGUGGACGCGCCCGCCGCCACCGCGGCCUUUACUCGGUCCACCGACGCCUUCCUCACGGCGCUGCACGACAUUGACGUGCGCAUGAAGCGCCAGAUCAUGGCGCUCGAGGAGGCGGGCAUCGUCAACCUCAACAACGCAUCGCGCGCCGACCCCAACGCCUCGAUCAAGGCAUCGCUCAGGCCCAAUGGGCUCGGUGCCGUCGGCAACCUGGACGUUGGAUGGCUCAACAGUCGCAGCACAAAGGUCGAGCGGGACAUGGAAGCUGAGCUCUGGGACAAGGCCAAGAAGCUCCUCGAGUCGCAGGGCGACAACCUCGAGUCGCAGGGCGACAAAAAAUGA